ACAACUACAUACUUAACUACCUGCUAGCUCACCUCAAUAAUAUACACAUACAAAUAACAUUAUAUUUAAUUUAAUUUGUUCUUCCAUGGAUUCAGUGAGGAGCUUAGCAUCAUGCAAGCCAGUGGUGAUCUUCAGCAAGAGUUCUUGCUUCAUGAGCCACAGUAUCAAGUCUCUGGUGACCAGUUUUGGGGCAAACGCCACCGUUUAUGAGCUUGAUGAGCUCCCCAACGGCCAGCAACUUGAAAGGGAGCUGGUGGCUUCUGGGCUGAGGCCCAGUGUUCCUGCAGUUUACAUAGGUGGAGAUUUUGUUGGGGGUGAAAGUGAGAUCAUGUCCCUUCAUCUCAAGGGCCAACUGGUCCCACUCCUCAAGAAAGCUAAAGCCAUAUGGGUCUAAUUCUAAUAUAUGUGUGUGUGUUAUAUAUUGAGCUAGCCCGUUUUAUGUAAUGCAUAUAGCUCUAAUAUAUAUGCGCACGCACAUGUAUAGUUGUAUAUUGAGCUGGUUUUAUGUAACAAGCUAAGUUCAAUGGCUGAGCUACUUGAGUUCACUGCAGCAAAUGAGAAGAAAAGUAGGAAGAAAUAAGGGCAUGCAGCUUCACCAUCUUCAAGAAAUAAAUAGCAGCAACAUUAUUAUUCAAGUUCCUUCUGGAAAGUUUUUACAUUAAUAUAGAUGUAGUAGUUCGUGUAUACCUGAGGGGGAAGAAAAAGAAGUCUGUACAGCAUGUAGUCAACGUGCUUUGUUUGGAGUCUGUGUUUCAAUUGUAUAAUGUUUGUUUUUUGUGGUUAUAAAAUGUUUUUUUUUUUUAAUGAA